AGUUGAGCGCGCGCGCGCGCUCGCCGCAGCGGCAGAGUAACCUUGAAAAGCCCACCCUCCGAGAGAGCUUCGAAAGAGGGAGCUUCGCCUUGCGGGUGAGAUUCGACCACACAUUCACACGCGUAUUUAUACACAUAUAUGUAUAGCUGCGCGAAUUCGAGCUGCCUUGGCCGCCCGCGCCAGUGUUGAGAGAGAUCCUCGCGCGAUAAGCGCGAGCGCCCGCUUUGUUUAUGUAAAGUUUCUGCUAGGCUCCGAGAGAGCUCCGGAUUGGAGAGAGAGAGAGAGUAUUGAUACCCAAGACAGAUAGACUUACGGACAGCGCACUCUAACAUGAAGCCUCUGGAGUACCUGCACGGGAUUUAGGAUGCUCUGGCACUGGCAAGCCGCCUGAACACUCAGCUCGCCAAGGUCAGCUGCAGCAGCAGACAUGGUCGUCACUGGAAACUCGGCGCACCGCGGCCCGACCAAUCCCAGGAAAAAUGUCAGGAUACUUCUCGUGGGCGACCGGGGAGUCGGCAAGACGUCGCUCAUACUUUCGCUGGUCAGCGACGAGUACGCCGAGGAUGUGCCCAACAAAGCCGAAGAGAUCACGAUACCUGCCGAUGUCACCCCCGAACAAGUGCCCACUCGCAUAGUCGACUACUCGGCUAUGGAGCAGACCGAGGACCAACUCUGCGACGAGAUCAUGAAGGCACACGUCAUCUGUGUUGUUUACUCCGUAUCGGAUAGGGAGACUUUGGAUAAUGCUAAAUCUUACUGGCUGCCGCUCAUCAGAAAGAGUGCCUCCAGCAGUCGCUGCCCGGUGGUGCUGGUUGGCAAUAAGAUCGAUGUUAUUGACUACUCGACAAUCGAGGAAGUUUAUCCAAUAAUGAAGGAGUUUUCUGAAAUCGAGAGCUGCAUCGAGUGCUCCGCCAAAACGUUGCAGAAUAUCUCUGAGAUGUUUUACUACGCACAGAAGGCUGUUUUACAUCCGACAACUCCGCUGUAUAAUUAUGACACACAGGAGCUGACUGAUGAGUGCAAAACUGCGUUACAAAGGAUAUUUAAGAUCUGUGACGUUGACAAUGAUGGACUGCUGAGUGACACUGAAUUGAAUGCAUUUCAACAGUGGUGCUUCAAUACUCCUUUGCAACCUCAGGUGCUAGAAGACGUGAAAGCAGUUCUUUCCAAAAAUAUUGAAGAUGGUGUAUGCAAUGGCUGCGUCACAAUGAAAGGUUUUAUGUUUUUACAAUGUCUCUUCAUUCAAAGAGGAAGAAAUGAAACUACUUGGGCUGUAUUACGAAAGUUUGGCUAUGAUAAUGAUCUUCAAAUGUCUAAAGAUUACAUAAAUCCUCCUCUCAAAGUUCCUUCUGGAUGCACAACAGAAUUAUCUCACAAAGGUCAGGAAUUCCUCACACAACUUUUUAUGCUACAUGAUCGCGAUAGGGAUGGAGCUCUCUCUCCGCAUGAAAUGGAAUCGCUAUUUUCUAAAUGUCCUGUACCUCCGUGGGGAGAUGAAUACAAGUAUAUGGUUGCUACUAACGAAAGAGGUUGGAUUACUUACCAAGGGUUCAUGUGCCAGUGGACGCUUCUAACUUACAUGAAUGUCAAAAAAACAUUGGAAUAUAUGGCAUACUUAGGCUACAAUUUAUACCAUAAUGAAUGCCCCACAUCAGCGGUUACUGUAACGCGAGACAAGAAACUAGAUCUAGCUAAGAAGCAAUCCAGUCGCAAUGUUUAUUGUUGUCACGUGAUUGGACCAAAAAGUGCUGGGAAAACCACAUUGUGCAGAACAUUUGUUGAUCCCAAACUUGAGAAAUUGAACAACGAUACUGUACCAAGUAAUUCACACGUCACUGUAAAUACAGUUCACGUAUAUGGGCAGGAGAAAACUAUAAUUUUGAGAGACAUUAAUAUUUUAAACGUUCAAGACGCUCUGACCCCUGCACAGAUUCAAUGUGAUGCUGCCGCUCUCGUGUAUGAUUCUAGUAAUCCAAAAUCUUUCGAAUACAUAGCCAGAAUUUAUAUAAAAUAUUUUGCGGAGAGCAAGAUCCCAGUACUAAUGAUAGCAAAUAAGAGUGAUCUUGCUGAAGUAAAACAGGAGUAUUUAUUACAACCCCCAAGUUUCUGCAGCAAGUACAAACUCAUGCCACCACAGCCUUAUAGCAUUUCUCGUACAGUACGUCGUGAAAUCUUCGUGAAAUUGGCUACAAUGGCAGCCUUCCCACACAUGAAGCAGUUUGGAUUGAUGCAAGGAGAUUCGAUUGUCUGGUGGAAGGCUGGAAUUGGUAUCGCAGUGGCAACGAUCGCCGGUUUCGUGGUCAUGCGAGUCUUAAGUACCGAUAAAAGAUAGUCUACCAUUCCCUUUUAAAUCUUUACGGCACCCGUUCUAAUUCAAUAAACAUUCGUUUCGAAAACGCGUUAAUUUAAUGAAGUCUGUUAUUCGCUGAAGGAUAUUUAGUCGCUUGUGAAAAAUCCCAAUUUAAAGUACCUAAGUAAAGGAGUUAGAUGAUGUACAAUUAUGUAUAAGAAGAUAUUGACUUUAUUACAGAUUUCUUCGAAUAAUAUGUGAUUAUCGAUGGUACAUUCUUUCUUCUCGACGUUAUUUUGUACUCAUGUCAGAUCUGCAAUAAAGUCAAAUUAUAAAUUGCAAAUAUUCGAUAUUUUUUAAAAUGUAAUCUAUAUUACUGUAUAGUCACUUUUAUCUCAAAUCAAGAAGGCUGUAGGAAUUCUUAAAGGUUAUUCAGAUGUCUUAUUUAUUAAAAUACAUGACUGCAUAUGGAAAUGUGUUUUGUUAAUUUUUUUUAUACUAUGAUUUUUGUUGAAUAUAUAUUCUUAUUUAGUUUAAAAAAUCGUUAUAAACAUACUACACGAAUCAAUUUUUUUAUUGUAAUUUUUUCAUUUCCAAAGUGUAUUAAUUUAUAAUAACAGAGAAUACGGUCGAUUUGUAGCAAAUAAACGGCACUGUAUUACUAGAGAAGUAUAUUAAAAGUCGAUUAUGAACACAAAA